UGCCCCAUCAGCAGGUCACCAACCGGACAAGCAAUCACGCACUACAGGCCAAAAAAAUUAAGCUAACCAUGCAGCAGCUGCAAGCUCGCCGCCGGCGAGGUGCACCGGGUGGUCGCCGGCGCAUCACCCAUGGCGCUCCACUCCUCGCCGCCGUGGCCGUGCUUCUCUGCGCAAGUGUUCGCUUCGCCGGCGCCAGCCCGCCGCCGGGGCCGGUCAGGUGCGCGUCGGGCACGGCCAACUGCACCGUGACCAACGCGUACGGCGCGUUCCCGGACCGCUCCACGUGCCGCGCCGCCGCCGCGGCGUACCCGGCGUCCGAGCGGGAGCUCCUCCGCGUCGUCGCCGGCGCCGCGGCGUCCAGGACCAAGAUGAAGGUGGCGACGCGGUACGGCCACAGCGUGCCCAAGCUGGCCUGCCCCGGCGACGGCGGCGGCGGCGGCGGCGGCCUCGUCAUCAGCACCGACGCGCUGAACCGCGUGGUCGCCGUGGACGCCGGAAGGAUGGAGAUCACGGUGGAGAGCGGCGUGACGCUGGCGGAGCUGAUCGACGCCGCGGCGGGCGGCGGCCUCGCGCUGCCGCACUCGCCGUACUGGCUGGGGCUCACCGUCGGCGGGCUGCUGUCGACGGGCGCGCACGGGAGCUCGGUGUGGGGGAAGGGCGGCGCCGUGCACGAGUACGUCGUCGGCAUGAGGAUCGUCACGCCGGCGCCGGCGAGCGAGGGGCACGCCAAGGUCCGCGUGCUCGCCGCCGGCGACCCGGAGCUGGACGCCGCCAAGGUGUCGCUCGGCGUGCUCGGGGUCAUUUCUCAGGUAACUCUAAAGCUGCAACCAAUGUUCAAGCGCUCGGUGGCGUUCCGGCGGCGCGACGACGACGACCUGGCGGAACGAGUCGCCGCCUUCGCCGGCGAGCACGAGUUCGCCGACAUCCUCUGGCUUCCCAGCCAAGGCAAGGCCGUGUACCGGAUCGACGACCGCGUGCCCAACACCACCUCCGGCGAUGGCGCCGUCUACGAUCUCGUCGUCUUCCAGUCGAGCCCCACGGUCGCCAUCCAGGCCAAUAGGAUUGGCGAGGACGCCCUCGAAGCGACGGCGAACUCCGCCGGCAAGUGCCUCGCCGGGUCGGCGACGAUAGCCCGCCUCGCCGCCGGCAACUACGGCGUCACGAGGCGCGGCGUGCUCCCGCCGCCGCCCGGCGCGGCGGUGGUCGGCUACCAGAACCGCAUCCAGUCGUCGGGGUCCUGCCUCUCCGGCGCCGACGACGGCCUCCUCACCGCCUGCACGUGGGACCCACGCGUCAGGCACAACUCCUUCUUCUUCCAGUCCGGCAUCAGCGUGCCGCUCUCCGGCGCGGCGGCGUUCAUCCGCGACGUGCAGCGGCUGCGCGACCUCAACCCGGACGCGCUCUGCGGCCUCGAGGUGUACUACGGCGUCCUCCUCCGCUACGUCAGGGCGUCGACGGCGCACCUCGGCAAGCCUGAGGACAGCGUCGAGCUCGACCUCACCUACUACCGGAGCCGCGACCCGGCGGCGCCGCGGCUGCACGAGGACGCGGUGGAGGAGAUCGAGCAGAUGGCGCUGCGCAAGUACGGCGGCGUCCCGCACUGGGGCAAGAACCGGAACGCCGCCUUCGACGGCGCCAUCGCCAAGUACCCGAAGUCCGGCGAGUUCCUCAAGGUGAAGGGCAGCUACGACCCCGAGGGGCUCUUCUCCAGCGAGUGGAGCGACAAGGUGCUCGGCGUCGCCGGCGCCGGCGGCGUGAGCGUGGUGAGGGACGGGUGCGCGCUGGAGGGGCUGUGCGUGUGCUCGGAGGACGCGCACUGCUCGCCGGAGAAGGGCUACCUCUGCCGGCCGGGAAGGGUGUACAAGGAGGCCAGGGUGUGCCGGCGUGUCGCCGGCGAUCACUAGGGCGCGCGCCGCCGCCGCAUCGCGCGCGGCAAUACGAAUAUGGCUGUAUUGGCCCAUUGGAUUUCAGGCCCGUUUUGGGUCUAGUUCUUGUGUAACGUGGCGUGGCCCACUACAGCCCACCAAAAUAUGUACCCGAUUUUAUCUCCCUUAUUAAAAUCAAACUAUACAUUAAUAAGAAAUCAAAUCAAAUACUA